AUGCAAGCCGCGGCGGAGAAUCGGCCCGACGGCCAUGUCCUCGAGACACCCAUAUGGAUCACCAUCAUCCGCGGUGUCCAGUUCUUCCUCUCGCUGGUAAUUCUCGGCCUAGCCGGCCGUCUGAUGCACGACUUGUACCUUGACGAAUUCGGGCUGUCUGUCUCAACGGCCGUUCUUAGCUGGUUGAUUCUCUCGUACGUCAUCUUGACCGAGAAGGUGCCCUCCUGGCGCGCGGCAUACCACGUCGUGGCCGUGCUGGUUCUCGAGGGCUUCCUCGUCGUCAUGUGGCUUGCGACGUUUGCCGCCGUAGCGGCCAGACGGGCCACCUUCAGUGUCAGCGUCCAGGUCGGGGCGUGCUACGACGACGGGAGCGCCAUCAACAGCAAGACUUGCACGGCCAAGAGAGCGCUGUACAGGAGAGACUACCUGUUCAAGUCGGGCCAGGCCAUGAUGAGCGCCAUCGCUGGUCUUGGCGCGCUGCUGUGGUUCUUGUACAUUGCGACCUUUGUCUGGACCGCCGUCAUGUUCUUCCGAGGCCGGAAACAGGGCCGUUUCCCCAUCGGUGUGGCCUCGUCCAGCGAACCUUUGCAGAUGGAGCCCAAGCUGGAGCAGGGUGCUCCUAUGACGCCGAUGAUGCAGCAGCACCAGCAGCGACCGGCUGAGCCUCAGCCGACGGGCGAGUACAAGCAGACAGCCGGGAACCAAGAAGCGUACCAGCAGCACCAGCCUCGGCCGGCUGGUCAAUAUCAACCGGCCCCCAGCCCGUACCAGCAGCAGGCGGCGUAUCAGGCAGCCCAGGAACCACAGGCCUACCACAGCAGCCAGUACCCUCAGCAGCAUGCUCACCGGGGCAGUGAGUUGCCGGGGACUCCUGCAGCUCACCAAGCGUACACGCCGCCUCCGGCGACAGCUCAGCCUCCUGCCGAGGACUCGUACUAUCCCCAGCAGCAGCAGCAGCAGCAGCAACAGUAG